AUGUCCACCAACAAUGUCAAAGACUCAAUGUCAAUGUUCUUUGACGACGAGUUUAACCCUUCCACAUAUAUUGAUAAACUAGUUACUUCAGUUACACUGCAAAACCCAUCAUCAUCAUCAACUACAGCCACACCAUCAUCAACGUAUUCCAAACAAUCACUAACAAAAUUAUCUCAUACGAUUAAUCAGUUGAUUACCCACUUUGACUACUACAUCAAUGACAUAGCCAAUAAUAGCCUUAAAGAAAAGCUUGAAAUGUUGGAUAAAUCAAGUUCAUUGAUUCACACUCUGUCUUUAACUCAAGAUGGGAGUGAGGAACAAGACGGUACUUCGAGAUUACAAUAUCAUUUAAAUAUUCUUGACAACUCGAUAUUGUCACUACAAUCGGAACUUGUAGAUAUCAACAAGACCAUAGAAUCGAAUGAAGGUAUCAAUAAUGAAGCAGUACAGACCCUAAUUCAGUUGAAAUUGGUCAAGGAUAAUUUAAUAACUGUGAUUGACGUAUUGGAAACGAUAAAUAACUCGCUAUCAAAAGUAAAUGAGAAUAAGCUGGCGUAUACGGUGGAGGAAUUCCAGCUGAUACUUGAUGAACUAUUGUCUAGUAUUAAGCAACAGUUGGGCACUAGUGGAAGAGGAGGAGACCAAACGGUGUUAUUAACCCAUGUCGAUAAGUUGAUUCAGUUGCAAAAUGUGUUUCAAAAUUUAAACAACUUCAACCCUGUGUACAAGAGGUUCAUUUCCAAGUUGGUUACAGAACGAGAUACAUAUUUGAAACGCUUAAAUACAUAA